GUCAGUCAAUGAUAAAACGCGCUAUCAACCGUCUGUCCGAGCGCGAUGGUUGCCGUCGAAUGACGCCACGGCCACCUAACGGAAGUGAACCGAGAGUAGGCGAAGGCAACGUCGUCGCUGAUCGUCGCGGACGGGGAUGUCGGGCAUCUAUUUCCGAACACGUUGCAAUCGGGGUCGAAGGGGACAGCAAAUCGCUGGAUGGCAAGAAACAACUAGAAGAAUUCGCGGGGUAUAAAGACUGGUUCCAACUAAUUCUGUCCUAGUGUCCUGUCGUCGUCGUUUGACAGUUGUGCUCCAAAUUUUGUGUUGAUUUAUUACGCGGAAAGAAAGAGAGAGAGAGACAGAGACAGUGAGUUGGCCGUUCAUCGUGUCGUGCGACUGUCACGCCGAAUGUUCGCGAAGGACUCGAAGAGAAGAAUAGAAGGAAGAAAAAAAAGCGUAAUCUCCCACGGCGGUGGUUGCGAGACGUCACGCGCGACCGUCAGCGAUCGGAUCCCGUACGUGCGCGCGUGCGGCUCGUGAGUGGCGCACGAGGUGGACAAGGUGAGUCCACGACUGGUCGACGACGAGAGACGGGGAGAGACGCCGUGACAGGAAAGAGAAAAGAGAACGGCGACGCGCAGAUAAUGCGAUGAGACACCGCGCCGACCGCUCGUCGAGUCGCCGUUCGCUGAUCCUCGCGCAGCGAAACGACACGAGGCUGCUCUCGCGCGACAUCCCGGACGGAGUCGCACACAGGAGGUUAUAAGCGGAGUUAUGCGCCUGACGUUCGGCCCGCCGACGAACGUCGAUCGCGGUGAACCGCUACCGAGCUGUUUUUCCGGCCUUUCGCAGGUCCGGCGAAUGGACGACGACGCGCCGACCAACGCGCUUGAUGGUCCACGUUCGGAGACGCGCACCCCUUUGCGCCCUUUAACGCCUUCGACGACGUCCCGUGGCCCAGGAUCCGUUUAACUGGCUGUGAAAAGUGCAACGUAACUGUAUCGAGUCCAAAGAGUAUAUAGAUAAAUAGAUAGAUAUACAAAACACUGGUCAAAAUGGAUCAAGAAACGGUCUACGGCACGCAUGAGGAUAGCCAUGUUGUCAUGUCAGAGAAAGUGCAGUCUUUGGCAGGCAGCAUCUAUCAAGAGUUCGAAAAGAUGAUAGCGAGAUACGAUGAGGAUGUAGUGAAAGACUUGAUGCCUCUGCUAGUCAAUGUGUUAGAAUGUUUGGAUAUAUCAUAUACCGAGAAUCAAGAACGUGAAGUUGAACUAGAGCUAUUAAGAGAAGAUAAUGAACAGCUUGUCACGCAGUACGAAAGGGAGAAGCAAUUGAGAAAAGCAUCAGAUCAGAAACUUCUCGAACUGGAAGAUGUUUCCGAGGAUGAGAGAAAGGAACUUCUGUCGAAAAUUGAUAGCUUGGAAUCUAUCGUAAGAAUGCUGGAACUGAAGACUAAGAAUUCUCAUGAUCACGUUGGUCGGCUCGAGGAGAAGGAAGCUGAAUUGAAACGCGAGUAUUCCCGACUGCACGAUAGAUAUACGGAAUUAUUCAAGACCCAUGUCGAUUAUAUGGAGAGGACCAAAAUGUUGGUUGGUAGUACAGAAAGAUUAGAGAGUGUAUCUACCAGCCGUGCACCAUCGCGGUUACCUUCCCUUGGACUUGCUCAUAUGUCACGUAGUUCCGGGCCGCUUAGUUAUGGCUUUCAGAGUUUGGAGGCUAGUAUAAAUGCCGAAGAUGUUCAAGAGGAUAUUGUACCAAAUGUCGUUAACUUGAGAACCGAAAUGUUGGAUAGUAGCAGCGAGGCUGCUAUCGAAACAUCCGACAAAAGCCAAUUAACUGAUCAACCAGUACAAGAGAAUAAGACUACAGCUAUAUCUAGACACGAAAGUCCAGAAACGGAAGUCCCGCCAACUUUAAUAACGCCAACGACGCCGACCGCAAAUAUAGAGAAGUUAGCGACUACGCCAAGUGGUAGAAGUAGGACUGAAAGAGAACAACGAAGUGGUAAUACGUUGUAUCAAGAAUUAAGUUUUCAAGAUGCUGAUGCGCUGGGCGAAAUGGACGAGGGCGCAGAUAUUACCGGAAGUUUGGUACAUCCUGGAGAAUAUGCUUCGUCAGUCAAUGACAACUUCUUCGGCAUGGGGAAAGAAGUAGAAAACCUUAUUAUGGAGAACAAUGAAUUGCUAGCUACAAAAAAUGCACUUAACGUUGUCAAGGAUGAUCUAAUUGUUAAAGUGGAUGAAUUAACGAGUGAGCAAGAAAUAUUACGAGAAGAGGUUCGAGGUUUACAGCAGGCGCGUGAGCGAUUGCGGCAACGAAUUGCCGCCUUAGAGGAAGAAUUGAAGAAGGUUAAGGAAGAAGCAGAAGCGGCAGCUAAAGCGACGAAGAGCGAUGACGAAGAGGAUGUACCUCUGUCUCAAAGGAAGCGAUUUACACGCGUGGAGAUGGCAAGAGUGCUCAUGGAACGAAAUCAAUAUAAGGAACGGUUUAUGGAACUCCAAGAGGCUGUCAGGUGGACAGAAAUGAUUAGAGCCAGCAAGACCGAUCCUUCCAGCAUCUCGGGUGGGAAAGGUUCAGUGUGGAAGUUUUUUAGCAACCUUUUCACAGGCCCGGCGGAUCGAGGGACGUUAGUGCGUUCCACACACACAUUACCGCACGUGCGGUACAGUGCACCGGCGAAUCAAGUCGUCCCUGCACCACCCCUGGACGCCAUGCGUAGACGUACGUUGAAAAGUCGUCAAGACUUUCUCGACCAAGGAGACACCAUAUCGUCCGAAAAGCUUGUAGCAAGACGCGCAAGCGAGCGAAGAGAACAGUAUCGUCAAGUCCGAGCGCACGUUAAAAAGGAGGAUGGCCGUUUGCAAGCUUACGGGUGGAGUUUACCGGGAAAGCCGAGCGCUCCCGUCAGACAACCUCCUGUCCCAGUUCCAGUGUAUUGUCGACCCCUGCAAGAAACUGAGCCAGGCAUGAAGAUUUGGUGCGGUGCCGGUGUAAAUCUGAGCAGCGGUAAGACGCGUGAUGGCGGAUGCAUGGUCGGCGGAAGUGUAUUCUACGCGGCCGAGGCCCAGGAAACAAGCAACGUAAAGACGGAGGCUGAAGAUGCUGUCGAGCAUUUGGACAAGGAGCUUCAAGAGAGCGAAAACCGACGGCUAGAAGCAGAACGAUGGGAGCAACAGCUUAGCUCGCUCGUUUGGAUUUGCACCUCAACCCAGAAGAUGUCCAAGGUCACAGUAAUAGAUGCAAAUAAUCCGGCAGACGUUCUGGAGGUGUUCAACGUUUGUCAAGGACACUUGCUCUGCAUCGCGAGUGUACCUGGUGCCAAAGAAAGCGAUUACGCACAAUUCUCUAAUGAGAACUCGAUCCGCAAUUCGAACGGCGCGAUAAACGAUAGCGAGAACAACAACGGUGCCUGCGAGGAUGUUACAAACGGAAAUGAGAACACCGAGCAAAACGGCCAGAAGAAUCAUCAGGAUACUGAAACUGCCGUCGAUAAAAAUAAAAGUGAAUCUGAUAAUCAAUCAGAGGAUCAGGCAAAUGAGAAUACUGAAAAAUCUGCUGAAACAGAUCAGAACUCCACGAACGAACCGCAAAGUCUAGAAAGUAUAGAUAGUGAAACCGCAAACUUAGGAAAGGUAAACUUCGUACGGUGCAACGCUGAAGUAUCUUUGAGAUCGAAUGAUAAAGAUACCAUGAACGAGGAGGCGAAGGAGGAAGUCGUGGAAGAGACUCCCAUCGAAAAAAUGUCGUCCAUACAACCGACCAUGUGGCUCGGAGCUCAAAACGGUGCAAUUUUCGUUCAUUCAGCCGUCGCUAAAUGGUCGAUGUGCUUACACUCUGUGAAGCUCAGAGAUGCAGCAUUAGCUAUUGUACAUGUGCAAGGCCGAGUUUUGGUCGCUUUAGCAGAUGGAACUGUAACGAUAUUCCGCAGAGGCAUAGAUGGACAAUGGGAUUUGUCUCAAUACCAUGUUAUUACACUUGGUAGCCCUCAACACUCUAUUAGAUGCAUGACUGCAGUCAGCGGAAAAACAGUAUGGUGUGGCUAUAGAAACAAGAUUCACGUGAUCGAUCCUAUUUCGAUGACGCUUGAGUGUACAGUGGACGCACAUCCUCGAAGAGAAUCUCAAGUGCGGCAGUUAGCGUGGCUAGGUGAUGGUGUGUGGGUCAGCAUCAGGCUCGAUUCGACGUUAAGACUCUAUCACGCUCAUACCUAUCAACAUCUCCAAGACGUUGAUAUAGAGCCGUACGUCAGUAAAAUGCUCGGUACAGGAAAACUUGGAUUCUCCUUCGUACGCAUCACCGCUCUACUUAUUUCCUCAAAUAGGCUGUGGAUUGGUACUGGUAACGGAGUGAUCAUCUCAGUACCAUUAUCGGAAAGUGCGGGUGGUUCAAUGGCGGUAGCCAGAGCGCAGACAGGUAACAACAAAGGCGAUGCACCAGGAGUCGGCGUUAGAAUCUUCGCGUCAGAACGAGGCGUUACACCAGGAAGUUUCGUACCUUAUUGCAGCAUGGCUCAUGCGCAGCUCAGUUUUCACGGACACAGAGAUGCUGUAAAGAUGUUUGUCGCUGUACCUGGUCAUGGUGGUCAGAGCGCGGUGACGGACGGAACGCAACCUGCGAUGCUUGUUCUCUCUGGUGGUGAGGGUUACAUCGAUUUCAGAGUGGGUGAUGGAGAGGAGACGGAGGAAAGCAUAGAUCGAUCAAAUACUGCAGUCAGCAAUGAAGAGCAUGGUGAACAGAGUCACCUGAUUGUGUGGCAAGUGCAAUGUCCCUUACCGAUGCCAGUCAACGGCUAGCCUAUGGACGGGAUGGAUAAGCGUGAUUUGCUAUAUGAUUUAGCUUGCAACGCGGCAUUACAUGUGUCGUCGAUGGAUCAUCGAAUUAUGGAUUGUGAAUCAUUGAUAUUCGAGCGAACGAUUCUCAUCGCUGCAAACUAAUGUGUGCUACCUUAGAUAUAUUAAUAUAACGAUCGUAGCAGAGUACAUUAAUAAUUCCCAAAAGUAAUUAUCACGAUUUUUCAUAUUAGCAGAACGAAGACGAUAUUAUAUCAAAUCAUGAGUUUUUCUGAAUCAUCAUGGAUCAGUUAUCAUGAUAUUCUUCCAUAGCGGAGGCAAAUUCAUCGUGUAUGACAUUUCUUGCAUGUAUGCGGGCAAAAUUUUCAGGGGGUUUAUGAAUUUUGUCGAUGCAACUGGAAUCAUUAGGUCUGUUCUUUGUCGUUACACUGGACUUCACUAAAACUUUUUUGCUUUUUCGCCAAAUUUAAAUAUAUGUCUAUUUCAUUUUAAGUAAAACAAGUAUACACUAGUUCAGUUACAAAGAACAGAUCUAUUUUAACUUCGAUGCUAAAUCAUCUCUCGCUUCUCGUUGAGCCGCGCAUUCCUUAACUUAAGCCUGCGUACAUAGGAUCAAAUUGUUAAAUGACAUGUGCCGGAAAGUUUCUCAUGACUAGUGUUCAUUUUAGAAUAUCACAUAUUAUGAAUGGCGGUGAGGUAUCGUUAUUUCAACUAACCAUUGUGAUAAUGCGACGAUAUUAUAACGCGAGACGGGAUAAGUUUCGAAGCUGCCGUUGCCACAUUGCUACAAUAAAACAUUUGUUCGAAGUACUUCGCGUUAUGUAUCUGUCGCGAGAAUAUUUCCCAGUCGCCGUUAACACGCAAUACGCAGAGUAUGCAGUAAGGUGCGUGCAAACUCAGGCAGAUUCUUAGGCGUAACGUAAUAUUAAUUUUUUGUCGGAGAGUAUAUUAUUUUCCAGACCUAAAAUUGAUUUUAUUCGCGUACAUCGUGUCGAGCAUAACGAUAAAAUAAUAGUAAUAAUAA